AUUGGACGGAGGCGCGGUCGAUCCGCCUCGAAUGAGACAGCCGAUUGGAUACGAGGCCUUCGGGCUGCCCCCAUCUUGUUUGGAUUGGCUUGCUGCGCGUUGGCGCAACGGAAGAGGCGGCCUGCCGAGGAUGUUCUUCUGCUCUGGCUGGAUUGCCGCGGAGGAGGCGACGAGGGCACCGGCUCUGGGGGGCUGGCUCGGUCGGCAGCGGUUCCUGCUGCGGAUGGGAGCGGGCCGGCUCGGCGCGCCCAUGGAGCGCCAUUGCGGUGUCGCCGCCACCUCCGCCUCGUCGGUCCGGGAGCCGACGCCCGGCGGCCCCGAUGGGCGGCGCCGGGAGCCACUGCGGCGCCGGGCGAACAGCGCGUCGGCCCCCGCCGUCGGGGCCUCGGCUUCGGCGGAGGGCGUAAGGCGGGACCGGCCCGGCUCUUACAGCGGCGCUACGUCGUCCUCCCGUCAGCGCGUCGAAAGCCUCAGGAAGAAGCGGCCGCGGUUCUGGACAGUUAUUGCCUCUGUCAACUUCAUUCUGCUGAUGGUAUCACUUCUGGUUUCUCAGAAUUAUUUUAGAAAAUCAAUUUGUUUCCAGAUUAGACAAUCACAUUUCUUCUCCCAAAAACCUUUUUGUGUAUAUAGUUCUUGGAAACCUCAAGUUUUUCCUUGGUUUGGCUUGGAUAUUGGUGGGACCCUGGUCAAGCUGGUUUAUUUUGAACCCAAAGACAUCACUGCUGAAGAAGAAGAGGAAGAAGUGGAAAGUCUUAAAAGCAUUCGAAAGUACCUGACCUCCAAUGUGGCUUAUGGGUCCACGGGUAUUCGGGACGUGCACCUGGAGCUGAAGGAUCUGACUCUGUGUGGACGCAAAGGCAAUCUGCACUUUAUACGCUUUCCCACUCAUGACAUGCCUGCUUUUAUUCAAAUGGGCAGAGAUAAAAACUUCUCGAGUCUCCACACUGUCUUUUGUGCCACUGGAGGUGGAGCGUACAAAUUUGAGCAGGAUUUUCUCACAAUAGGUGAUCUUCAGCUUUGCAAACUUGAUGAACUAGAUUGCUUAAUAAAAGGAAUUUUAUACAUUGACUCAGUUGGAUUCAAUGGACGGUCACAGUGCUAUUACUUUGAAAACCCUGCUGAUUCUGAAAAAUGUCAGAAGUUACCAUUUGAUUUGAGAAAUCCAUACCCUCUGCUCCUGGUGAACAUUGGCUCUGGGGUUAGCAUCUUAGCAGUAUAUUCCAAAGAUAAUUAUAAGCGGGUCACAGGUACCAGUCUUGGAGGAGGAACGUUUUUUGGUCUUUGCUGUCUUCUUACUGGCUGUACCACAUUUGAAGAAGCUCUUGAAAUGGCAUCACGUGGAGAUAGCACCAAAGUGGAUAAACUAGUACGAGACAUUUAUGGAGGGGACUAUGAGAGGUUUGGACUGCCAGGCUGGGCUGUGGCUUCAAGCUUUGGAAACAUGAUGAGCAAGGAGAAGCGAGAAGCUGUGAGUAAAGAGGACCUUGCCAGAGCGACUUUGAUCACCAUCACCAACAACAUUGGCUCAAUAGCAAGAAUGUGUGCCCUUAAUGAAAACAUUAACCAGGUGGUAUUUGUUGGAAAUUUCUUGAGAAUUAAUACAAUCGCCAUGCGGCUUUUGGCAUAUGCUUUGGAUUAUUGGUCCAAGGGACAGUUGAAAGCACUUUUUUCGGAACACGAGGGUUAUUUUGGAGCUGUCGGAGCACUCCUUGAGCUAUUGAAGAUCCCCUGAUUACCUGGGGAGGGGUUCCUGGAACCUUCCACAAUGGGAUCUGUGGACUUGUUUUUUUAAGAGACUUACUCAGUUUUAUGAUUGUGUACUACCUGAAUCAAAGCGAUAAAGGACAAAUGUAUUUUUCUAAGUCAUCAAGAUAAAUCUUAAUAACCAGUAAGGAAAGAUAUAUAUUAAAAAAAAAAAAAGUGGACCAUGUCCAUGUCGGUGAGAAUUCUCUGUAUUUAAGUUGCUCUUCAGUAUAUCUUUGUUCAACUUGCUGUGUAUUUUUGAAAUUCAGCAUCACUCUGUGGAGCCACUUCAGGAGAGGAGAGCUGUUCUGUGUUCAGCGGGCUGUGGUUUUGUGUCCUGUUGAACUAGCUAAAUGUAAGGCAAGCUGUUGAUACUAUGUAUUAUAAUCUAAUCACAAUUUUGUCAGUGUGGCCUUGGAGAUCAUCUUCUGUGCAUUAACUCUGGUGUGCAUUUAGCUUGUGUGAACGUAUUGAAAAACAUGUUUCAAGGUUCUACAGACUUAUUGGGCAGGUUAAUUCUGUGCCUGUAACUUUAACAGUUAAGCAACUUUUGGAAGGGGAGUUCCAGCUUGUUUACACUUUAGAUCCUGGGAAGGUCUGUUUGGAGGGAAAGGACUUCUCCCCUGGGCAGAAUUUCCUUGGAUAGUGGAGGGAUAAUUGAUGUGAUGGAAGUGAGUAAGCUAGUAGAAAAAGCACAUCUGGAAGACUAAAAGCAGACAAAGAGGGCUGCCAGUAUCGACAGCUUUUCAAGGAGUGGGGGGAAUCUGGUUAUUUCAGGCUAGUAGAAAGGGAGGAAUUGAGGUGUCCAUUGAUUAGCUCAUGGAGAGCAGGGCGGGGCUCUCCCACCUUCUGCUCCCUGCCUUGUGCUUGCUGGAAACUGCCUGGGAGGCUGGCUCAGUUGGAUCUAGUGGAGGGGCUGCGUGUGGGAGGCUGAAAAGGCUGCUUGAGGAGAGACAGGUUUCUAGAUGGAGUCUUGGUAGAGGUUGGCUGCUUCCUCUGGGCCGAGGAAUGGAGCCAGCGUGAGCCCGUUCGCUGCCCAUGGAGACCCAGGUUGACCUCUGAGGCCUUGUGGGGUCCCACCUGCUCUCCCCGCAGUUACUGUGCUCACGAGGCUGUGCCAUUGCUUUUUGUGGGUCGUGUCAUGCAGCCCUUGUCAUCUCCACAACUUAACAGAGGAGGAAACCUGCCCAAAGUCACACAGCUAGAAUCCGGCAGAGCCCCCUUUCCUCUUGUGCCUUGAAGUCGCCUUCCACCUCCAUGGAUUCACCACUUCCUGCUCUUGAGAAACUGCCUCUGUGACUUCUCUUUGUGCUUUGUGCUCAGCCCAUCCUUUUACUCCAGUGAAUCUCGUUGCUAAAUUUAAUGGACAUUUCAUGUUCUCAUCUUCCUCAGUUCUAACACUACAGACCCCUCUUGCUUUUCCUUCUAUCUCCUAGGCCACUUUGUCUCUGCCAAUUUAUUCUCCACUGAAGAUAAUUAGAUAUUGCUAGCCCUCAGGCUCAAUCCUUGAUCUCCUUAAGCAGUCAUCAGCACUCACCUUGACUGAUUUCUAAGGUAGCAGGUCUGGCCCAGCCCUUGCCUCUGAGCUCCAGUCCCAAGGCAUUGACUGCCUUCUCUUCCCUCUUUACCCUUCCCCUUUCCCCCUUCCCUUCUCUUCUGUAUCUCCAAGGCCAUCUUUACACAGAAAUGUCUCCAUCCUCUCCUCUGAACCUCCGCCAGCAUCCUCUCCCAGUUUCCUGCCAUUUCACUACCUCCAGUUUGUGAGAUGCAUGUAAACUCAGUCUUUCGUCACCACAGCUACCACCCUGGUCUAAGCCACUGCCCUGUCUCAUCUCAGCAGUUACCCCUUCCAGUCAGCCCUCCAAAUACUAGCCUGAGGGUCCCAUCCCACACUCCCCUACUAGAGGCAGUGGGGGUGGUCGUGGCUGUGAUCAUGGUCCAGGUGUGAAAGGAAGGUGGUCAAACCAAGAUGGGAGCAGUGGAUGGUCAGGUAGAGAGAGAUGCUUUAGAGGGUUGAGUUUAGAGAUGUGGAGACUGGAAGUGGGGGAAGGAGGUUCUGUGAGGGCACCUAGGCUUGGUGGGGAGACUUGGUUUUGGGCUGCCUGAUUUUUGAUGCCAAAUAGGUAGCUGGAUAUUUAGGUCAGAGACCUGAGAAUGAUGUGCAUGUAGGUGGGUAAAAUGUAGGUGGGAAUUUAGUGAAUCCCAGGGUAGAGUGAGAAUAACAAGAGAUGUGCAGAGAAGGAAAAGGCUGCGAAGAACACUGAAGAGUGGUCAGAGGGGACUAGCGCAGGGGGCCUGUUGCUCAGGAGACUUGAGGGGAGAGGAGCUCUCCAGGCACCUGCAUUAAGAGGUUUCAGAGGUGGCACAGAUUUGGUUGCAGGGUCAUGCAUGGCCUUGAGGGGGAGCAGUUUCCCUGAAGCUAUGGGGCCAAAACUGAGCAGCAGAGGUCCUAGUGAGGGUUGAUGAGUAGAAGCAGUAGCUGCCACAGGAUGGCUUUGGACCAGGAGAUGUUUUUUUCUCCUCCCAACAGAAUAGUUGGUAUUUCCAGACCUGGGAUAUAGCUAGAGGGUGAGGUGUGGGCCAAUUCCACCACUGCAGCCCUCCUGAGCACUGGUGUCCACAUUUGGGAGACUGCUUGACUGUGUCCAGCCACACCUGUGGUGCUGAGGCCAGGGUGGCAGGGGGUCCUUGGCUUCUCUGCCUUCUCCCUUGCUGUGACCUGGUGCUCCACUUAUCACCCGUGACUGGCACCCCACUGGCACCCCACACCAUGGGAAGAGAUAAGCCAGGCUCCUCUGUCACAAUCACCUGUUGCUGGUGACCAGUUCUGUUUGUUCAGAACCACUCUUCAGCUCUUGCUACAUGGGCUUAAGUGGGAUGUGGGUGACCAAGGGUGCGUACAUGCUCAGCACAAAGUAUUUUUAAAAUCUGCUUUUUAUUUACAUUUAAGUCAAUUACAUGCAUGUCUUAUUUUUUAAACAAGAGUAAUUAGCAAAAUGCAUUAAAAUUUUAAAAUAGCAAUUAAAUAUACAAAAAUAUAUAGCUUACAAAAAACUGCGAAUGUUUAAAAAUAUUCUGCUGCAUAAUUCUUAGUGUACAAACAUGUCUAUGAAACCUGAGGCUCAGCAUUUCAUAAACCUUUUUUUGAGGGAGUUAUAUGAUAUCUAGUGAAUAAACCCCAAUGGGCUUAAAACUAUAGGACUAAUAUCCACUCUUUCUGGCAAAGAUCUGUUAAGAGACCCAGAGAUGACAGUUCAGGAACACUCUUGGAAGACUGAGCUGUCACCAGGAAGGACUUCCUAACACUAGCCCCAUCUGCCUCUCCUGCUCUAGCAGGGGGUGCCUGGGAGGGAAGGGGUGGAUGGAGGGAUGGUGUGCACCUGGCCCGAGACACAGGUCUGCCAGGCUUGUACUGGCCCAGGGAGCUGAGAGGGGCUUCAUGGAAGAAUAGACAAGUCCCUUGACACUGGUGGGGCCCACAAUGUAGGUACAUGUCCCUGGAGCAGGGAGGCCCCGACACUAUAGCCACAGAAGUGAGCACUGGGUCGGUAAGCCAAGUGUGCUGAUGCUUGGUCUAAAAGUGGAAUAAAACUCUGCAUCUUGCAACAACAAUUUAGGCUCUGAAGCUGAACUGGAAUAAUAACAUUUACUGAACAAGCCCCUCUGUUUUCCUCAUGUUCCCAAUCAAUGGAAGCACAUUCCAUGGCAUGUGGGAGCCUUCGUUAAUCUACUAAACGAACAUGACCCAGCAUUUUCCAGUUAUCAACUGUAAAUUCUGCCAGAAUUUAGACACUUUCAUCUCCUUUACUCAAAUUCCUAAAUGCUAAUGAUGAAAGACAAGAGGUUCAUCAAAUGACAGAAGAGUGGAGUUUCACAUACGAUUCCUUUCCAAGUUUCAGGUCAGGGGCCCAAGUUGCACUUUUAAUCUAGGGAAUCCCUGGGCUGCUGUUCUGUGUGGCAGGAUACCAGGGAGGUGGGUGAGGAAUGAGAGGCACAAGUCCAUGCCCCUCCCCCCAAGGCUGCCUGGAGGAAGCAGCUUUAACCUGGAUCUCCUGCAGGGGCAAGAAUGAACUUAAAUUUUUUUUUUUUUUUAAAGAAAAUGUUGGUGGGAUAAUUUCUGUUGUUGAAUGGAAAAAAUGUUGGGCGAGGAGAAAUUCUAUGGGAACAUUUUCUUUUUAGUGUGUUCAUAAAGAGUGGGAAGGGAAAGGGAGUAGGUUCAUGAACUUGAACAUGAACGUUCAGCCAUAUCUGCUGUUAAUGCUGAGGCAGCUGACCACCUAUUUGCUUAGCAACAUCUGAGACAUCUGCCCCACAAAACAGAAGGAUGCCUCAGCCUUCAGUUACUGCUGCUUCUCAAACUCCUACCUCAAAAAGAUGGGCUUGCCUAAGAAACCAUGACAGUUGUAGCCAGACGUCACUGCUGGGCUCUUGGUCCUCACUUGAAACUGGAUUGGGGGGUUGGGGCAUGGCUGCAGCCUGUCCAGGCUCCUGCAAAAGCUGCUGGACUGUGCUGUUGCUUUUGGCUAUGGAGCCUGCUCUUGAGUGUCCUGCAACAGACUCAGAAAGAUAGGCUGGAAACUGGUUGUGCUGUCUUGUUAUUUGGGCAUCAGUGGUUAGGGUCAGGGAGGGAUUGUAGUUUGAUUGGGAUAGCAAACUAGAAUUUCAUCAUGCUGCACUCAGUGGAAAAUAUGCCUUAUUCAAAAGGAAUGUGAUUAUAGAAACAUCCCCCAAUUCUGGGCUCACCUUUUUACAGAUAUUCUGACUUAUGGGAUGGUUCUUCCCACAUGACUAGGAAUGUUCCUUGAAUAUACUUGUCUGGUAUUACACAAGUAAAAAAGAAAAAAAAAUUAUACACAUACACACAGUUGAUUCUUGAACAAUAUAGGUUUGAAGUGAGGUCUACUUACUUGUGGAUUUUUUUCAAUAAAUACAUUCUACACAAUCCAAAGUUGGUUGAAUCCUUGGAUGCCGAACCGCGGAUAUGGAGGGCUGACUGUAAAGUUAUGCACAGGCGGUACAGGGGGUCAGCGCCCCUAACCUGUGUUGUUCAAGGGUCAACUGUGUGUGUGUGUGUGUGUGUAUAUAUAUAUAUAUAUAUACACACACACACACAUACACCCCACGCACAUGUAAAUGUGUGUGUACUUGUACAUGUAUAAAUAAUCUCUGGAAGAAUCCACAAGGAACUAAUAGUGGGUGCUCAAGGGGUGAGAAACUUGGCUUGCUUGGAGGUCAGGGAUGCAAGGAAGACUUAACUGUUGAUGAUUUGUGAACCACUUGAAGGGAUUACCUAUUCAAAAAAUUAAGGAAUAUUCAGCACUGAGCAACCAUGUUGGGAAGCACCGUGGGCAAAGGUAAAUGGAAGUGACUAAGGAAGAUCAAAAGGGGAAAGGGAAGGGAGCCAGGUGAACUGGGACCCAGGGGAGAGCCUCUACAUCUCAGGAGGCUCUCUGCUGAGGUGGUUUCUACCGGGACAACAGAGGAGCCCCAUGUGGCCAGCAUGAUGAUGUCACCUAGUAGCACCAGCCCCCAUGACACUAGGCCUGCCUGCUGGGCUCCAGACAUGGUGGCCAAUUCCCCACAAGAGCUGGUGGGGACACCCUUAUUACAAUCCCUGGGUGGGCGGAUAAGGAAACAGGCUUCGGGAGGCUAACUUGCAGGAAGGCACGUGGCUAGUGAGUGGCAAGGGGGUGAUUCAAAUCAAGCUGAGCACCUUUUCUCCUCAGAGCUCUGGAGAUGCCUCCCCGUGUGCAUUUCAUAAUUCCCAGAAAACCUCUCAGAAAAACAGUUACUACAGUUGUUCAGGGUAGCUUAGCAGAAUGGGACCAGGCCAUGAAGAUGAUAGGCUUUGGAAUGGGUAAUGUGGAAAGGAACAGGGCGUGAGGUCAUUGGUUUGAUGGAUUUGAGGGGCUAGGCACUGGGGAAAGGAUCUUUGUCAAGAACAGGGUAUUUGGCAAUGGUGUGAGGUCCCCUGUAUCCCUCAGCCCAGACUUCCCCAUGGGCCACCUGCUCUCAUCUGGCCAUUACUGUCUUGUCCUGUUCCUUGGCUAGGGCCUUAACUACUAGGGAUAGGCCUAACCAAAUCACUGUGGCAAAGAAAAGCAGCAGAUGACAACUAGCAUGUUAGGCCUACUCAACCAGGAAUCAAGUCAGGCUGGUUUUGUUCCCUGUUCUAAAGCCAGCUGAAUUCAGCUGUACCCCUAGUAACAACUUGAUAAUGAUUCACCCACCCAUAGAGUCCAGUUGAGGCUGAGUUUUGCUCCACUAACCCAUAGCACGCAACACCCAAUCUCUGAGUUGCUUAAGACACAUUAAGAUGAAGUUAAAAAAUCACGUUACCUGCCAGUGGCUCAAAAGCAGACCAGAGUCCUCACGUGUCUACAGAUUAACAAAAGGUCAACAACUCAUGGAGAUAGAUUUGGACAGGGCAGCCUCACUGGUCUCACUGUGAGGUGUGAGCUUGAUCAAAGAGUAUUAAGGGAUCCUUAACUUGUUCUUUAAAAAUAAUUUUUUUUGAAUGGAGAUUUGACCUUGUCCUUCACAUAAAACUGUGAUUUUAAUCAGAAUUAAAGGAAGACAUAAACCCUGGCCGUCCUCAGUUACAGCAGUGCAGCACAGGGACGUUCUGGAGGAGGACCCAGAUGUGGGGAGCAAACACAUUCACAUUGUGUUGCUAAGAGUAAUAACUACUGCAGGUGACACUGGCCAUGCUGCAAUAGAAGGACACCAAGCCAAGAAAGGGAAGAUGAGUACAAGCAGAGUGAACACUCUUAACCACUCCAGUGUCAAGCCCCACCUUAGUAGAAGAGCUGGGUUUUUAAAAGCCCUGCACAUUCACAAGUGUUGAGGUCAUGGUGUAAAGCAGACCCAUGAUGGUGCCUAGUGGGGAGUGCACAGCACUCUCAAGCUUUCCUCUAAUGGAUGGGCUUUGAAUGUCUGGUCCAACUGGCCUUUAGCUGUGGCACUGUGAGAUGAAUUAAUUUGCUUCCCUACAAAUACAGGGACUUCGUGAGGCUGUCUCCUUGGUACUGAUGCACUGAAAGGCUACAAUCCUACAAAAGCUGUGAGAUGAAAUUAUUUGCAGUAUAGAACACAAGAAUACCUCCUUUGAAGGGAAAAGUUCUAUUUCCUAUUGGAACCCCAUAACUAAGAGGUGACAUUCGUCCCAAAGCCAUUAUGUGAAAAUGGUGAGUGUUGGCUAUUAGUGAGGCUAGUCCAAAGUAAGCCUAUUUCUAACAUUGGUCAUUGAAAACAUUUCACUAUAAACUGGGUGCUUUGCAGCAUUCAACUCUAUUGUGCUACAAAAUAGAGAAUGCAGAAACAGGGUGAAAGUAGGAGUGUACAAAUACUUCUUUUCAUGGGUGCCAGACAGACUAAGGCUUUCAUAUAAAAAUAUUCCACACUUCCCUUGCCCUGUUUAAAGAAGCAGUCCAGUUAGCAUACCACGAAUAGGUCACAUGUAGGGUACAGCCAAUUCUGACCAACUGGAUUUGUAAUUUCCCAAACUGGAUUCUGCCCAGCACUUUUCUAGGCUAAUGGGAAUUUUCCUCCUCAUCUGAUCCCAGCCACCUGAGCCAAGGACAGGUUCCCUCGCCCAUUCUAAGACGGUAGAGGCUGGAUUCCAAGAAAAUUCCUGGAGACAUGCCAUGAACAGAGUAGCAAAGUUUCCUCCACUCUCUCCAUAUCAUGCAGGGUGUAUUUCCAAUGAGAAACUGCCCCCACUCACACUUGUGGGAUGGAGCAGAGAGGCAAAGCUGUUGAUGAGGAGUCCCACCCCUAUGAUGGAGGGAGGUGGAGAGCAGGGCUGUGAAAGAGAACUUUCUAUCGGACCCAGUGCUGCUUCACAUAGCUAACAUAAAAUAGUCAUGAAUCCUGCUGGACUCUGAGUCAUUUCUAGAAAAGUUGGGCAGAAAGAGCCAAAGAGCAGCAUGCAUUUCUCCGCUAUAAAGACACUUUCAAUUAGUUAUCCAAGUCCAAAUACUGAAGCAUGCACCAAUGGUGAAUAGCCUUGCAGGAGCUUCCUGAAACUAUUCACAAUUUCUAGCGUUUCCCUGGCUUCAGAAUUACAUAGGGAUCUUAUUUGGGAUACUUUAAAUUGUUAAGUCAAUGAUGGGCAUUUUCUUUUGAGUAGAAAGAGAGAUAGGGCAAGAGAGGGAAGAGAGAGAGAAGGAUGGGGAGAAGCAAGGGGGUUAGCAUCCUCCUGUCAGCUCAGCAGGGCCAGGAGGACUGGCCGUUAUCAGUAAGAUGCUCCUCUUUGGAGCCAUGUGAGGGGCUUACAGCAGCUUCCUACUGAGGGAGUGGGCCAAGACCAGCAGGUACGCUGGAACCAC